CUAGUCAUAAUCAGCUGUCAUAACAAUCGUGUAACUUUAAAAUUUUGUGAUUCAGUUUUCGUCGGUGUUUGUAGUUGUAGAAUUAAUAGCUGCGAAUAAAAUGCGUAUUAGAGAAUUGCCUUAUAUGGCUAAACGUGAUGUGUGCAAACUCUUGGAAAUUAACGGUUGUUUCCAUGAAUUGGGGUCUGUGCACAUGCAGUUUGAAGACUGCUUUCUACAGAACAUCCUUCUUCGCUGCAAGGACAGCAACACCUGUCCAACAGAAAAACUACUCAAUGAAUGGGACACCUACGGCCAUACCGUUCUAGAACUCUUCAUCGUUCUCAACCGUAUGAAACAGUACAAAAUCAUGAAACUUCUAAAACCCUACAUCGACGCAAAAUACCACUACCUGAUCAAAGAAGUACCCACACCUCCCAACGUUCUGAGCGAAAAAAUCUUGAACGCUCCACCACAAUUCCCUGUGAUAAGCCGAGACGAUAACAUAACCACCCCUCAACAGAAUAACCUUCAAAAACUGAAGUCCCCAGGGCUCAAAGCGAAUGGUGUUUCAGAUGUAUCGUCCGUGAUGGAGUCGGCAGGAGCCAUUCCGCAAAUUCCCUAUGAAGAACUACAAAAAUCUACGAAUAACUGGGACCAAGCGAAUAUUUUAGGGAAAGGUGGGUUCGGGAUGGUGUUCAAGGGGAUAUGGAAGUGUACGCAGGUGGCUAUUAAGAGGAUCGAGAAGAAGGAAGACAGUCCGGAGUCCAGUUACCAGCAGAUUGUGCAGUCGAAUACGGAGUUGCACUGUCUGAAUGCGUAUAGGCAUGACAAUAUAUUGCCUUUGUAUGGCUACAGCAUCGGCGGCCCCCAACCUUGCCUCGUCUACCAAUUCAUGUCCGGGGGUUCACUCGAAGACCGCCUCCGCGUGCACGACCCCUCUCGCGUCCUCCCGUGGCCCACGAGACUCACGAUCGCCACCGGAACAGCCCGAGGCCUCCAGUUCCUCCACACCAUCCGAGACAAACCCCUCAUACACGGAGACAUCAAGGCCGCCAACAUCCUUCUGGACCAGAACGACAUGCCUCGGAUUGGUGACUUCGGUCUAGCCAGAGAGGGUCCGGCGAGUGAAUACGUCAAAGUCACGAGGAUACACGGAACGAGGCCGUACUUGCCCGACGAGUUCAUGAAAUACAGGAAGUUUUCGACUAAAGUGGAUACUUAUAGUUUCGGGGUGGUGCUGUUCGAACUGGCGACGGGCGCCAGCGCCUAUUCCACCAAAAGGGAACACAAGUUCCUGAGGGACCAUGUGGUGAAGUGCGAGGAGGGGCGGAUUUUGGAGCUGAAAGACCCGCGAGCGCCGGGGGGAGAGAGUUAUUACAGGAAAAUUGUCAAUAUCGGCCGGGGGUGUGUGCAUUCGAACGCGAAAAAUAGGCCCGAAAUGGUCAAUGUGCUCUUGAUGUUGGAGAGGGAAAAUUGAUGACGUUGUGCGUGCGUGCGUGUGAUUUUACAUUGGGAUUGUGCUUUAUAUUUCUAUAUUUAUAAGUUAAUGAAGAAAUAAAUAUGUAUUUUUAUAA